UUCUAUAAUAAAUAUAAAAUAAGUAGAUCACUACUGCACUUUGUUGCGAAUGUUUCGAAAGUCAUUUUUGUGCUCAACCUUACAUGAAUGAACGCAUGAACCAUGUCACGUGAGCUAUUUGGGUGCUUCGUUGAAGUUAUCUCAUUGAUGACCGAUCGAACAUUUAGGUUGUUGGAGUGAAGAUUUUUUUUUUCCAAUGAGAAUUAAUUGAACUAGUCGCCGAUUACUGAAAGAACAUUUCCUUUCUUAUUCUAUCAACAAGUCAGGGUACGAGCGGAAACUAUCGUAUUUCAUUUUGCUGGUGUUUCGAACGAAGAGGGAGUUGAUCAAGUUCAAAUGGUUUAAAAAGUCUGAUUAGGGAUUUUUGUGGUGCAUCUAAUUGCAAUCCUCGAAUAAGAAUGGAAAAACAGGUGUAAUCAUGCCAGAGUGUCAUGUCUGCGCUGGUACAGAAUUUGAAGAGUUAGAUGGUCUUUUUUACUGCUUGGUGUGUCAGACACAGUCACAGAAUAUACAGACAGUAGAGCUAGAUGAAACAGAUGCUGUACUUCCUGCACCUGGUGUCCUGAGGGAAGUAAAGAAAAAGAAGACAAGCCAUGAUUCAAAGUUUGUAAAUGAAUUUGAAAAAGGUAGACCAUGGACAUUGUAUGAAGCCUACCAGAUAAUUAUGCAGGCCCAAGUGGAUGCUUUAAUUUUGCAUGGAGCAGAUCCUGAUCUCAAGGAAGCUGUACUACGCUUGUGGGCAAAGUAUCUCUCGCAGCUUGGAGUAGCAUUCAUUGAUGACAUCCGCUUGCUGGCAAAAAAUGUGGAGAAGGGAAGCCGGCACAGGGAAAAGUACAUGGGAAACUGCGAGAACCCAGUGACAACCCCAGUAAGAUGGAAGCAGUCUACUGAGACAAGCAUACCAAUGUCAAAUUAGCAAGAAAAAAAGAAGAACAAGUUAAAGCAUCAGAAGUUCUACAUGGGGAAACUGUUUGUGUAGAGGACAAUCUUCCCAUGAGUGACAGUGAUAGCAGCUUAGAUUCUUGUUCAUCCUGGGAACUGUUGUAUGAGGAUGACGAGGAAAAGAAGAGCAGCCAAAAAGAAAGCCAUAAUCAAGAGCACAGUAAAAAUAAGUAUGUCUGUAAAAGACAAAGAAAAGAGAGAUAUUUACAACUCAGCAAAAUUGCUUACCAAGCUGAGUUCAUGGACCUGUACAAAACUGUUGUUUUUUGUUAUCUGGGACUGCUGUUUACUUCACCGGGCAUAACAGUUUCUGAUGUCAUCAAGUGGGUUUAUGAUGGUUCAUUUCCUUACUUGGAAGUGACUCAUCUGCUGCCCAGUGACCUAAAACUAUUUUGCUAUGAUGAACAUCUCUUCCAUCCAAGUCAUAUGACAUCCACAAAGCUUAGACUGCUAUCAGGCAAAGUUGCUAGAUUUCUAGGUAUCAAAAAAUUACCAGCCUUUCCCACAAAAUACGUCAUUAGCCGUUAUAUUUUGCAGCUUGACUUACCAGUGGAGAUGAUUAAUCUUGUUCACCAUCUGUGUGAAAAGGCACCACCAGAAUUAGCAUGCACACACAAUGCUAAGCAUGCUACUCGUGAGGUGUCUGUCAAAAACUUUGAUGCCCAAUGUGUUGCUUACAUCAUUGUCAUGCUGAAGCUACUGUUUGGUGUUAAUGACAGCAAGGAGAGACAGCUGUCAGAGUAUACAAGAAGAGUGAAAACAGAUCUACAGCUAGGUGAAGAAUUGUUUGAGUGGGAUGCAUGGCAGGCUCAUGCCAACCACAAAUUCUUCAUCAAGUCCCAAUCUCCCUGGGACAAAAGUGACUACUCUGCUACACCAGACAUAGAACUGACAUGCAGAGCAUUCAGGACUGCAGGAUGUAAAGAUAAAACGUUCAGCAGCAUCCACCUGUACAACAGAACCAAAAAAAGAAAAGUGCAACACUAUAAGCAGGAAAACCGCGAAUUGCUAAAGCGACCUCUAGAUGUUCUGUUAAACCGUUGGACACAAAGAGAUCAGCGAGCUGCCCAGCUUCGUCAAAACCUUAUCGACAGUGAAGAUGAUAAAGCAAGCAGCAGUGAAGAAGAAUGCAAGUCAUUUUCAUGGAAAAACAGUUGUAUCAAUGCUGAAAAUGUCAUGAAUGAUAAAGAAAUGGGAACAAGAUUCCAGAGAUCCACAUUGUGUCACAUUACCCAAGCAAAAGAUUUCUGGCAUAGAAAAAUAGCACAUGAAGACCUUGGUGUUGGUAGGUUAAAAGCUAAAGAGGAGAUGGGAGAUAAACAGAGACUCGAUGAUGAAAACAUUUGGUCAUCCUGUGAUGGGAGCUUCAGCGGGCAAGAUGGAACUGAAGAGUCUUAUACAACUAUGUUUCACCGAGUUAAGACAGAAACUUUAUCCUUUCAUGGAGCAUCCGCUGUACAACCUACAGAAAACAAUGCAGUCAUUUCACAACUCCAUGAAUCAUCAUCCAGUGUGAAGUCCCAAAUGUCCGAAAUAGAGCUGUAUUCUUAUGUGUUUGAAAUGCUUGACGAUCUUCUGCCAGCAAACAGAUUCUACUUACUUCAACCAAAACCAGAAGUUUAUGCAACAGAAAGUUUGAAGGAAACAGAAAGGGCAAAUGAAUACUUGAAAUACCCUGUAACUUAUUCUUGGCUGCUGACCAUAUGCAGCCGUGUUGUUUGUUGUCCUGUAGAGGAGAUACAAAACAUAGUUUUUGCUAUUGAAAACUAUCUUUUGUGAUGUACAUUGUAGUAGAAGUUCUAUCUUUAGCAGUUUGUUCUGCAAUUAGUGCAAUAAACUGAAUACAGUUAUUACAGUUAAAUGCAUACAGAAUGAAUUCAGAAAUCAAAGUACUAAUAAAAACUGUAACUUAUUCUUGGCUGCUGACCAUAUGCAGCCGUGUUGUUUGUUGUCCUGUAGAGAAGAUACAAAACAUAGUUUUUGCUAUUGAAAACUAUCUUUUGUGAUGUACAUUGUAAACGCAGGUGCUUGUAGUAGAAGUUCUAUCUUUAGCAGUUUGUUCUGCAAUUAGUGCAAUAAACUGAAUACAGUUAUUACAGUUAAAUGCAUACAGAAUUAAUUCAGAUAUCAAAGUACUAAUGAAAAAGCUUUCUGCAGUGUG